GGCGUGACUGACACUUCCCUCGGCUUGCCAAUCAACCAGUUGUAAGAAGCAGUGGGCGGGACGAGCAUCUGUCUGACUGACGAGAUUGGGCGGAGCUACGAAGUCCGGGCGUUCCGACGUCACCACGCACAGUAGGAGGACGCCCGGAGCAUGGGUCGGAAGCGGUGCGUGGGAGACUGUUCCAAGAUGGCGGCGGGCUGCUGCGGGGUGAAGAAGCAGAAACUGUCCAGCUCUCCGCCGUCUGGCUCAGGGGGCCCGGGCGGCUUGCACUGCAACGGGGAGAGCCAGUGCCGCGGGGCGGAGCUGGGGCUCGGAGGCUCCGGGAGCGGGCCCGGUGGAAGCAGCCGGGUGAACGGCCUGGCUUGUGGGAACAGCCUAUCCCCGGGCUGCGGGACUCUCUCUUCGGGCUGUGGCUCCAGCUUAAGUCCAGGCUCCCGCAAGAUGGUGGUCUCCGCCGAGAUGUGCUGCUUCUGCUUCGACGUUCUCUAUUGCCACCUGUAUGGGUACCAGCCGCCACGCACACCUCGCUUCACCAAUGACCCAUACCCCUUGUUUGUAACAUGGAAGAUAGGACGGGACAAGAGAUUGCGUGGAUGCAUAGGAACCUUUUCUGCCAUGAACCUGCAUUCUGGUCUCAGGGAGUACACACUUACCAGUGCCCUUAAAGAUAGCCGUUUUCCCCCAAUGACGAGGGAUGAGCUGCCACGGCUAUUCUGCUCAGUGUCUCUGCUUACAAACUUUGAAGAUGUAUGUGAUUACUUGGACUGGGAGGUGGGUGUACAUGGCAUUAGAAUAGAAUUCAUCAAUGAAAAAGGAUCCAAAAGAACCGCCACGUACUUACCGGAGGUUGCAAAGGAGCAAGGUUGGGACCACAUACAAACUAUAGAUUCCUUAUUGAGGAAAGGUGGAUACAAAGCUGCAAUCAGUAAUGACUUCAGGAAAACUAUUAAACUGACCAGAUACCGUAGCGAGAAGAUGACAAUGAGCUAUGCCGAAUAUAUAUCCCACCGUCAGCACCAUCACUUUCAAAAUGGCAUCGGGCACCCUCUCCCACCAUACAACCAUUAUUCCUGACACUGAGCCGCAUGACCAGUCACUAGACCUCUCAGCAGAACUCUUCCCAGGAGACCCAGCUCCCUCUUGGUCUAGCUAUCUCUAUUACUGUACUAUUUUAUGAUGAUUGUUUCCGUUGUCCUGUUUGGUCUUUGCCUUCUUUGGCAUUGCUAAUCAGGGCAACGGGUGGGAAGACAUAUUAAGUACCUACAAUGAAUUUUUGUCUACUUUUUUAAUGACAAAUUUUUGAGCUACUGAGGUUUUUUUGCAGCAUAUAUAUAUAUUUUUUCUUCAUUAACAUUUCUUACUCUAUUUUUAUUUUACAGAGU